AUGCUCCCUCAGUUCCUCACCGCCGCCCUGGCCUUGGCCACAGGUGCGCUCGCCUCGCCGACGCUGCGGUCCAACGAGACCAAGAACGACUGGGACCUCGACUGGAUCUCGACGGACCCGUCCCUCCCCAAAGUCAUCAUCUACAGCACCGGCGGCACGAUCCUCUCAGCCUCCAACUACAGCCGGCUCGACAACAUCGCGUACGGCGACGGCGACAACCCGACGGCCGAGGACCUCGUCGGGAACGUCACCGAGGUCCUGCGCGUCGCGCAGCUCGCCGUCGUGCCCUUCGCGCCCGCCCCCGGAGGCAGCGCGGGGGUCAAUUCGUCGCUGUACCUCAACGUCAGCCAGCACGCCAACCGGCAGCUCUGCGCCGAGGGCAGCGACGUCGCCGGCGCCGUCAUGCUGCACGGUACUGACACCCUCGAGGAGACGUCCUUCGGCGUCGACCUGACUUUCAACUGCUCCAAGCCGUUCGUGGCCACGGGGGCGAUGCGUCCCGACACCUACGUCUCGCCGGACGGCUACUCCAACAUCUACCAGGCGGUCGCUGCCGCCGCGUCGCCGUCCUCGCGCGACCGCGGCGCCCUCAUCGCCUUCAACGACAGGAUCACCUCGGUCUACUACUCGACUAAGCUCAACGCCAACACGCCCGACACGUUCAAGGCGCUCGAGCAGGGCAGCCUCGGGGCCUUCCUCGCGGGCCAGCCGUUCUACUUCUUCGGCGCCGCGUACCCGACCGGACGGCCCCACUUUGACGUGUCCGAUACGACGGAGCUGCCGGCCGUGGCCGUCGUCUACUGCCAUCAGGGCUUCGACGCCUCGUCGAUGCACGCCGCUGUCGCGAACGGCGCAAAAGGCCUCGUGAUCCUCGGACCCGGCGCGGCGUCCCUCAGCAACGAAGCCAAGGCCGCGGCCGCCGACCUCUUCGAGAAGGGGAUCCCGACCGUCGCCGCCCCGCGCCCGGCCUCGGGCGCCGCUGUCCCCCGUCCCGUCCUCGAGCCCGUCAUCUACUCAAGCUACCUCGGCGGCGAGCAGGCGCGCGUCAUGCUGCAGCUCGCUAUCAACGCCGGGUACGGCCUGGAGGCGAUCCGGGACCUGUUCGAGCACCCGCUGCGGAGCGCCGUAUACGAUAACCCCGCGAGCCGGGAGCUGUAUUACCCUUGA